UGUGUGUGGAUUUGUUCGCGCUCAUUACAUCCGUUCAUCAUAGACACCAGUUCACAUACAUAUCAGUCUUCGUCAAAACGCCGAACGGUUCAUUCAUCAACGAAAAUUAUCCUCCACGACUAUAAAUAAUCCGUAUUUAUCGCCAAUCAUCAUACCUUCAAAAUAAUAAUAUUCAGAAGAAGAAGAAGAGAGAAGUUUUUGGAAAAACAUUUGAAAGACAUAAACUGAUAUUUAUGCACAACUUCGGAUACAUAAAAUUGAUCAAUCAAUUUGCCAAAGUGGUAACGGAAAAUAAACCGCAAUAAAAAGUAGCACAAGAACAUUAUAUGUGAUGAAAGAUGUGCAGCAAGUGAAUUGAAAACUAAAGAACAUCAACCAAAAACCAAGAAAACGAACAACAACAACAUCGACGACGACGACCAAGAAGAAGAAGAAGAAGAAAAUUUACAACAACCAAAGAGAUAUACACAAAUGUAAAAACCUAUAAAGUGAUAAAGUGAAACAGCAAAUCCAUCUAUGUACGGUGUAUGCAUAUGUGUCUCAUUUUAUGUCGAUGUAUUGAAAAAUCGACGGUGAAAGUUGUAAGAGACGGAUAAUAAAUCCGUAAAAUAAGCUGCUUCCCUUUUAAUACCCUGUGUGCAUGCAGUGGCAAAUGUAGAAAAGCACAGUUGGCCAAAUGGUCUGAAAAUGGUGUGAUUGGAAAUAGGGACACAAUCAUCUUCUUUGGGGAAAAUUUUCGUCAAAAAUAUAAAAAUAAAUUAUAUAUGCAGAGAGAAAGAGAAUGCUUAUAAAAUGCGGCUUGUCAACAUCAGACAAAUUUACAUCAAUAAAAUUGAGCAUGAAAAUUGAAAGACAUCACCACGAAAGGACGACCGGACCAGAACAUAAAAUAAACGACUUCAGUCGUAUUGCAAUUGAAAAUAAUCAACGCGGUAUAUAACACAAACACACAUACACAAAAUAAUUGUGGCAAAUGCUUCGCUUUCACUAAACGACCGAACCUAUCCAUACAUUUGGCCGAAAUAUAAAAGCUUAAAACGAAUAGACGACAUUUGAUGAAUGAUAUUAUGUACGAAAUGGAAUUACCAACUAUAAAUUGCACAACAACACACUCCAUCAAAGUGAGAUGCUCAACAUAUUUCGCACUCCGUUGGCAAUAAAACCAGCACAAAUAAACAAAAUGAAAUAUUUUGCCCUGGAAACUUAUCCAUCGUUUUGAAUUUGUGCCGUGCUGUUUGGCUGAAGCAAGGUUAUCAGACGAAAGAGAAACAAACAAACAAACAAAAAAUUGUGUGCGUGUGUGAGUGCAUAAAAAAGUAAUAACUAAAAACAACUUGAUGCGGAAUGUAUUCUCAUCAUCAUCGAGAAAGAAAAUGAGGACGAAUUGUUAUGAGAUGUGAAGCGAAAAAAAAAACAACAAGAGAAAUCAAAAUUUUCAAACAAACUUCUAGGAAAAACAGAACCAUUUAAAGAAAAUUCGAACAACAAUAACAAGUGACAAAGAAAUUCUGAAGUUUACAACCAAAGUGAAAUAAAUGUUAAACCAAUAGAAAGAAUUGCGUGCGUGACAAAUGACAAAAAUGAGCAUACAUUAAAAAAUUUCGCAAGAAAUAUAAUAAAUAAAAGAAAAGAAAGUUUUCUGAUGGUUUCCCAUCAUUCGUCAUUUGAUUUGUGUCAGCAGCUACAGCAAAAAAGAAGAAUAAGAUACGAAAGAAAUACCAAGAAUAUUAAUAAAGACAAGUGAAACGCAACAAUUCGCAAGAGAAGCUCCCGAAAUAGGGACAAACAAAAAUAACAACAAAAAUUCCAAGUGAAACAAAGUUUGAUAUCAAAGUUAUAUGAAUUGAUAAGAGAAAACAAACCAUUCAUGCUCGACAAGAAGUAAUCAAGAGUGGCCGAAGCGAACGCGGGAAGAAAAUAAAACAUAUAGACAGACAAUGUCAUUUGCCUGCCAUCUAAAAGAUAUAUAAAAGAAGAUCUAGAAGUAACACAACGUUUUAUCGUUGAUGUAGAAUGUGAGAAGAGCACGCUUUGUAUUCAUUUUUAUAAAGAAGAAAAAAAACACAACAACCCUGCAAUUGAUGAGCGUUUUUAGGACAACUAACAAACACUCACACACACAUAAACACUCCGAUCAUGUUGGCUGCCAUAUUAUUUGUUUCGGUGACGUUGAUGAUUCAAACCUAGAGCAUUUUAUAAGCAAUAUGUAUGGAAACAUUCAACAUUUAUGGUAAUUUACGCUGGCUCGUAUCAUCUAUCAAAUACAAUGGAUGGAGAAAAUCGCAUAAUUUUAAACGUUGGCGGUGUCAGGUAUGAAACCUACAAGGCCACAUUGAAGAAAAUCCCAGCAACACGCUUAUCACGCCUUACCGAAGCAUUAGCUAAUUACGAUCCAAUAUUGAAUGAAUAUUUUUUCGAUCGGCAUCCCAUUGUUUUCGCACAAAUACUAAACUAUUAUCGAACGGGAAAAUUACAUUAUCCGACCGACGUCUGUGGACCACUUUUUGAAGAGGAAUUAGAAUUUUGGGGACUCGAUAGUAAUCAAGUUGAACCAUGUUGUUGGUCAACGUACAGUACACAUAGAGAUACGCAAGAAACAUUAGCAAUUUUAGAUAAAUUAGAUUUGGAUAACGAAGAUGAACCUUCAGAUGAAUCAGUGGCCCGCCUAUUUGGCUAUGAAGAGAAUCUGCUUAAUGGUGAUUUGUCAUAUUGGCAACGCACCAAACCAAAAAUCUGGGCUUUAUUCGACGAACCAUCUAGCUCAACUGGCGCGAAGAUAAUUGCCUGUGCCUCUGUAUUAUUUAUAAUGGUAUCUGUGAUAUCUUUUUGCUUAAAAACACACCCCGGUUUUCGCGUAGAAAUGUCACCGUCGUUCAAUAGUGAAUUUAUCAAUAGCAGCCUGAAUCAUUACACUCGGAGUCCUUAUUCAUCAACAGCAAUGCCAAAAACCACUACGUUCAAGUAUGUGAGCAGUAAAAGCAGUGGAAGUAGUUUCAUUCCAACAUCAACCGAAAAUUCAGCAUCACCAUUGCCAACGUCGUCGAUAUUAUCGUCAUCAACAGCACAAAAUGAACAACAACGUAAUGAACGAAUGCACAUCCAACAUAACAGCGAUCGAUCCACAUGGCUAGAUGCCACCGAUAGUCAACCGCACGAAGCAUUUUUUUAUGUCGAACUUCUUUGUAAUUUAUGGUUUAUCGUUGAAUUUACUACAAGAUUUCUGGUUUCACCAAAUAUGCUGGAGUUCAUCCAAUCACCAGUAAAUUUAAUCGAUUUAGUAUCAACGCUAAGUUUUUACUUCGAGAUAAAGCAGCGUUUAGGCGAACAAACUGGCCUAUUUGAAGCGUUGUCAAUAGUGCGUAUAUUGCGUCUGUUUAAAUUAACACGACAUUCGCCCGGGCUGCGAAUUCUUAUUCACACAUUUAAAGCGUCUGCAAAAGAGCUAACACUGUUAGUUUUUUUCCUCAUGUUGGGUAUUGUCGUAUUUGCCAGUUUAGUUUAUUAUGCAGAACGAUUGCAAGACAAUCCAGAUAAUGAGUUUAAGAGCAUACCUCUCGGACUAUGGUGGGCUAUAGUGACGAUGACUACAGUCGGUUAUGGUGAUAUGGCGCCGAAAACAUAUGUCGGAAUGUUUGUUGGAGCUUUAUGUGCAUUGGCUGGUGUGUUGACGAUUGCUUUACCAGUACCUGUGAUAGUUAGCAAUUUCUCCAUGUUCUAUUCUCACACACAGGCACGUUCAAAACUACCAAAAAAACGCAGACGCGUUCUGCCGGUUGAACAACCAAGACGAAAACGUGAACCAGCCAUUCCAAAUCGUCGUACAAAUGCGCUAAAACAUCAAAAUACACAUCCUGGCGCUCAGUCGCAUCCUUCCGUUCUAAAGGACAGUUUUGGUUCGACGAAAAGCGGUCAUGUGAACGGUGUGAAUGUAAUUGGAUUAACUCAAAGUUCAACUUCGCCAUCUAAUCAGCCCAUGUCAACGCCAAUGUCAAAUAAAAUGGCUAACAUGACUGGUGGUGGAUGUUCCAUGUUCAAUCAAGCAGGUGAAGGAUUUUCAGCUCAAUCAUCGUCGGUGCUCAAACCACGACCAGCAUGUAAUUUAGAGUAUGUUUCACCAAAAUCUGUGCUACUACAACCGAAACUAUUAAAUUCCAAUUUGGAAGAACGCAAAGACUCCAAGGGUAGCAUAACCAAUUCAGAAGAAAUACUUACGGCAGAUACACAGGCCGCCGCCGUCGCUAACGCUGCCACCACAAGCACCACAACAAAUGCUACAAGUGCUGCCGUAACAGCUGUUACAACUGCCGUGGCCGCACCAAAAGUGACCGUUCAUGAAGAAAAUGAAAAAACGGGCGAAUCAAUCGAUGUAAGUGAUAAAAGCAACUAGAUUCAUAAAAAGAUUGUGAGGAGCAGUGAUUUUUUUACUAUGACUUUUAUGGAUCUUAAUGUUUCAUCUUACUAUAUGAUAAUAACCAUGACACCGAAAAUGUGACGUAUAUCGGUAAAUGGUAAAACCACACAGAGAUACACAACAUAAACACUCACUCUGGAUACAUAAAUAUAGGACUUUAGAUAAAUAAUACGAAUAGCUGAUAAAAUCUCAAUGAUAGGUUAGACAAUGUUCCAUUAUAUUCUAAAUAAUAUUUGUUUGAAAAGCCAUGAACCAAAAAAGAAAGAAUAGCUUCACUCUAACCAUGGACCUGUCAGUUGAUAUGUUUCGCAUUUGGCUUUUUAGUACAUUGAUUGAAACCGACGUGCCAUACGUCAAAAGUGGAAUGAAAUUUCACCUUUGUUGCAUGAUACUGAUGAUAUUUUUGCUCAAUUCAUAUCUGAUCCGGGCGUACUGAGUUUGAAAACCAUGGUAUCACGUUCAAUUCGAUUCAAUGAAAAUUUAUCUGAUUAUAAUUGAAAAAGUAAAGUUGAAUUUCUUUUUUACUUUCGUAUACCCACAGGAAAAUUAUUUUCGUUAAAUAAUUCUGAUCACGCACACUUAUCCACUUCAAAUACUUUAAAAACAAAAAUACAGAAUAGAAUUACUUUCUUUCCAAAAAUUUGGCAAAGAAUCUAUCAGAACAAAAAAACGUUUGCAUAUCUCUUUCAAAUACAUGGAUUUACAUGCAAUCUUUUUAUUUGCUUUAAAAAAUGAAACGUACCACCGUUUAUUAUUUCAUAUAAAAUUCUCGACAAAGUCUUAACGUAUCGUAUCCACUUGAAAACAAAAAAAUAACAAUAAAAACAAAUAAAUGAAAUGGUUAAAUGGACCACGGAUAAUCGGUUUUUCGAAAAUGAUUUUUAUUUCAUUGGUUGAGUUCAGCAUUGACUUAGAAGUGGACGGUUGAAUGUGGAAAGUUGAACAACUGCAACAUAGAGUGAGCGGAUUAUGAUUCAAAUAGAUUUUUUUCAGAUAUGCGCAUCAUAUAUAUAUAUUUCACUCGUUGCAUUGUGUAUACUUAUGUACAUAUAUUUUUGGAUGUUCGUUAAUAAGCAAUUUGUCGAAACAAAGAAUAAAAAAUGAAGCUUAUCCUACUACUAUAUUUUUGUUCAAUUUCCCCGCAAAUAAUAUAUAUUUUGGUCUGAAAUAUAAUAAAUUUCAUUUAAAAUUCACAUUGAUUUAAGAUCGCAUUUACUAAGCUGUUGAACAUUUCCAACGAACUGUACAUAAGAUGGAAUGAAAAGCAAAAAAUCGAAGCAAAAAAUGAUAUUAUGAAUAGUAUAAUAAGUUAGGUGUGAACAUUUAAAUGAAAAAUAGAUAUUUCUUAAGAUUCAAUUUUUUUCUCUCUCUUGAGGACUUGAGGUUGAUGAAUUCAACCGCGAAAAAAAAUCAAGAAGAUUGUAUCAGAGUCUCUUAAAUGCACCUACUUGACAUUUACAACAUAUUUCACUUUAGCGCUAAUCUUGUGAUUUAAAACUUUUUCAUUAUAGCUCGUUUUUAUUAUAUAUAGUAAAUAAAAACAAAUAAGUUCUUUAUAGAGUUAGACUAUGUAUUCGAUUGCGAAACAAUUCCUAGCAGGAUGAGGUAGCGUGAAAUUGAGAAAAAAGCACAAAAAACAUCGAUUGGAACAAACAAAAGAGGGAUUAUGUAUCAUUUGAAGUAUUUUUUUUAUGUUCAAUAUAUUCGAAAGUCUAUUGAUUCGUUGAUUCCAUGGUUGAUUCUGAUAAAAUCUGCUUUGGAAAUGAAAGCGAUACCAAUUUAAAAAUAGUUACGAAAAAGUUAGUUGGAAAAAUUGUAUCAUUUAAACUUUUAAUGUCUUUAUUAAACGAAAAAGAAAAGUUUUAUUCUUAUAGAUAAUAUGUGAAAUGAAGCUUUUAUUGUGGAUGGAGAGGAAAAGGAUCAAAAACAAAAUAAAAUACACCAAAUGACAAAGUGUCAAAUGUUUUCUCGCUCAAAGCUCACGCGAUUUUCUUUUUUUUUUUUGUUGUUAAGGUUUAGUCUGCAUCAAAGUAGGUGUUAAACGCCGCACUUUUUACGUCGACCAUUCGAAUUCAGUUAGUUUCCAAUUUGAUAUUUUUGACAAUGAUAAUGUUAUAAGUACUAAUAAUCUUAAAUCAAUAUUCUAAAGAAAUGGCAGCAAUAAUGUUGCAAAUUCUCCUUUUUAUAAAUAUUUAGACAACAACAAAAAAACCAACAAUAAAAAAUUUGGAAUACACAUACACCCAAACACAUCCAAAACAAAGAAAAACGCAGCUCAUAAGUUAUAACUAAAUAUUCACCAAUUUCAUCAGAAAAUAUUAAUUAAAAGGCAUGCUCUCAAUAUUUGCAUUAGCAUAAAACGAUUACAAUAAAUUUUAGAACCAACUAAUUUUAGGAGAUUCGAUUUAUAUUUACACUUUACUAUUUAUCAAGAUAUUGAAUGGAAUGAUGAAAGAGAUGAAAGAGAGUGAGAGAGUGUAUGCAAGAGAGAAAUAAACAAUAACAUCAUCAAUAUCCGUAGUUAUUCAUUAAAAUUAAAUUGCAAUUUUUAUUCUUGAUAGCUUUUAGUCUUUUCAAAACGACAACCACAACAACAACAACAAAAUUUACUAUGUAUAUUCAUGUUAUUUGGAAUUAUGGAAUCCCAAAGAUAGAAGAAAUUGGGGCGCGCUCUCUAUAAAUAUAUAAUAUAUGAUUAUAGUUGAAAUGUUAAAUGAAAUGAAUCGAGUUAAAUUGAAUUCAAAAUCAACAUUACAUACACAUACACAUACACACACUCUCUCUCUAUCUCGCUCACCCGCUCUUUCAAUAUAAAAAUAUGGUAUACUCUGUUCAUCAAAACAAAAACACUUAACAUACUUUUGCUAAAUUUCACUCUAUAAAAAAUAAACACGUUUAGCCAUUUGAAGCGAUUACUUCGGUGUGUUGAAGUUGUGAGAGAAAUUAUGAUAACAAACUCGUUUACAUAUACUAUGCUCAAAAAAAGGAAGAAACAUUCAGAGCCCAAGCACUGACGUGAACUGUGUUACAUUGAACAUCAUUUGAUAUUCUUUCGUUUUCAUGAUAAAUACUACCAAUCGAACUAUGUUCAAAACAAUAAUAUUGCAGCAUGCAAUAGAUGUGCAUUUUGUAAAAUUCCUUUGAAAUACCCGUAGUGUUCACACCAAUAUUCCCGAUAAUCUUGAACAUCACGUUUGAAUGCAGUUCACAUCAUUAUUAAUAAAUCAGCAAGCGAACGAACUACAAUUUCUACAUUGAAAAUCGUUUAAGCUUUUGUUUUCGUUUAUAUAAAAAGUUUUCUUUCUCUCAAGAUUCAUGUUUCAUUGAAUGAUUAACCGUUUUUAUUGUGAGCUCAUCAUCAGCACUAUUUUACAAUGUAAUCCACUGUGUUGUACAUUUUAUGUGCGAGCACUUCUAUCAUGUUGUUCAACAGAACGAAAACAAUCCUUUUCCAUACAGAUAUUAUGUAUUUAUGGUUUCUCAUGCGCGUCUUUGAACUAUGCUUUCAAGAGACGAAGAAAAAUGAUGCGAAAUAAAUUCAAACUUUUAUGCGUCAGAGUCCUAUGAUGGCAGCGCUCUUAAGAGACAGUAUAUCUGUUAAAAAGAAUGGAUUACUAAGAUUUAUCGCAUAAAUAAUAACACAUUUGAAUUAAUUGAAUACAAUAGCUAAAAGCAUUUUUGUACAUUAUUCUAUAUAUAAAAUGCAUGACAAAGAAAUGCACGAUAUUCGUUUCAUACACGUUUUCUCCGUUUUACACAUACACCAACCACAGCAAGCUCCAGAGUGGAAUUCUUUUUUAAAUUUUGUUAGAUUUUGGGAUUGUUGUUCUUACCAGAGAGAAUAUCCAAUUAGACCACACUAUAUUAUAUUUAACAUUCAACCCUCCCGCAGUCAGUCACCCAAAAAUAUUUUACGUAAUGCUUUACAUAGUGAUUUUGAAGAGUUUGUUGUUUUACUAUAGUAAUAAACAUAAUAUAACAUAACAGAUGAAAAAAACAUGAGAUGAAAAGUACAUUGCGUGGACCUAAUAGAUUUUUACAUAAGAUAAACAUACCCCUAGAUAAAACUGUGUAUAAACGUGAAAAUUCAUAAAUUUAUAUUAUAAAAACAAUGAUUACAAACGAAGGGCGUAGAGAUAGAGAUGCUGAAAGAGAGAGAGAGAGAGAGAAAUAGUUAUGAAAUUGUAGCAUGAAACGCGUGUGGGGAUAAUAGAUAUCCAUGUGAGACUAUUGUGAAUUUACUUAUACAUUAUUAAUAUUACUAUUAUGAAAGAGAAUAUCAUUGAAUAUUGUAUUGAACUUUAAACUAUGCAUAAUAAUUUUAACAAU